AUAGGCCAUAAAAAUAAUUUUGAAUGGAGUCCACAAUAUUCAUGCUCAUCUCGCUGUCCACCUCCAAUAGGUGGACGCCAGUAUCCAAUGAAAUCCCUUUCUAAGCACGUCGUCUUGCUGCUCAAUUGGAAUUUUCUUGAAAAAUGCCUAUCAACAUAAAUAAUCCCAAGAAAUUGGGAAUCAGCGUAGCUGGACUAAAUAUAUUCUUUACAAUGAUUGCCUUGGGCAUUAUGAUGAGACGAUCGGAUGUAUUAGAUGAUAGUGCGGACGCGCCGUCAUAUUGGCCAUGGAUUGUGGUGUAUAGCCUCGACUUGUUGCUCAACGCAUAUCUCUUGUGGUGCAUGCUGAAGAGAGAUCGCGCCGGCAUCGCUGUGUGGCUGCCUCUGACAAUUAUUUUACUCCUUUGUCGAGUGUCUAGCAAUGCGACCUAUGGAUUUCUGGAUCUAAUUAUUACAGUUUACAUAUUCAUCUCAAUCAUACUUAUGGCAAUUGUUUACUACAAACUACGACAACAAUCAUUGACGAUAAUUGAACCAACGCUGCACACAGUUGUCACAACUAAAACAACUACGGAAACAAUUAUCCAGCCCAACUCAGAUGAGAGUAAAAAAGAUGCUGAAGGCGGCGAUAAUGCUAAGUAAGAGAGAAUAUGGCAAAUAUUUUAGUGAAUAUUUCUACUA